CUGACCAAUCUGUUUGGUGCUCUCCAACAUGGCUUCUGGAUCUCAGAUGUUGAUUGCGUUCCUAUGCUCUGCUUCAUUAGUUUCAGGAGAAGAAGCCCAGGCAUCAUCCGUGAAACCUAUAGCAACGGGUUUCGGUUACGAUGUUACUCACAAGAAUGCUGGUCAAUGGCAGCCACAAUACGGUUAUCAAAGCCCUGUAACUGGAUUUAGGGCGGGAAGCUCAUAUCCUUACAACCAGGACCAAUAUAAUGCAUAUGGAAAUAAGAAUUGGAACAGUGGGCAAUACAGUGCUUAUCCAACAGCAGCUCCAGCCUACGGAAACAGAUACAGCACUUUUGGAACCACAGGAUAUCCUCAAGGUUAUGCCAAUCAAGGUAUUGGAUAUAAUCCAGCCACUGGCAACCCGGGAAUCGGAUAUAAUCCAGGAUAUAGCAACCAGGGUAUUGGUUAUAAUGCAGGUUUCGGCAGCAGGUACCAAGCGAAUCCAGCGUUAAACCGACCCAUAAAUGCUUUCGGUUCUCGAUCGCCGAACAAUCCCUACAACACACCAUGGCUAAAUGCUUACAGUGGUCAAAAUCCAGGUCUCAAUAAUGCAUACGGCGCACCCGGGUACCGAAACGUUGGCUACCAAUACAACACAGCCAGCUCUAUUCCUGUCAGUACAGUAUCGACGUCCACUCCCAAAUACAACACUUUCGGAACUGUGGGAUAUUCCGCAGCUUACAAUCCUGGCUCUUUUGGUGCCUCUGGUUAUGGCUACAACAGCGUCGGUUUCGGAGCAACGGGACAAGAUUACAAUACCAAGUACACCACUGGCUCGAAGCAAUGGGCUGAUGGAAGGUACUCCGGAAAUUACGGGUCUCAGAGCUAUGUGAAACCCUGGUACCAAAACCAAUUUACUUCGCCAACUUAUGCUCCAACAAAUACGGGCUAUGGAAAGUGAAAGGACAUUCUUCAACAAAAAAAAAUCAAAAACAUCCAAUAAGAAUUUCAAGCUCUACGAAGCUUAUGAUGGCUUCGAUAAUUGUAUAUUAUUUUUUUAUAUAUUUUCUGUUUGAUUGUUUUUUAAUAUAAAUAAAUACUUUUACUAAC